GGAACAUGUACCAAAGUCCACUGUGAGAUAAAAAGGCAACAGCUGACAUCUUCUCGGCAGUCAUGAACCAAACACCAGCCACUGCUGAGCCACCCAGCAACAGGCCUGAAAGAAAGACCAUUGUCUUAGAUGUUCCUGACAUCAUUGUUGUUGUUGCUUAUUUUGCCUUUGUUCUUGCUGUUGGAAUAUGGUCAUCUGUUCGAGCCAGUCGAGGAACAGUUGGGGGCUAUUUCUUGGCUGGAAGAUCCAUGACAUGGUGGCCUAUUGGAGCAUCUUUAAUGUCAAGCAAUGUGGGGAGUGGACUUUUUAUCGGCCUGGCAGGAACAGGUGCUGCAGGAGGCCUUGCUGUUGGAGGAUUUGAAUGGAACGCCACCUGGGCAUUAUUGAUCCUUGGUUGGAUCUUUGUGCCAGUUUACAUCUCUUCCGGGGUAAUCACCAUGCCUGAAUAUCUGAGGAAAAGAUUUGGAGGGCAGAGGAUUCAGAUCUACCUAUCUAUACUGUCCCUUAUUCUGUACAUAUUCACCAAAAUAUCAACAGAUAUUUUCUCUGGUGCACUUUUUAUUCAAGUCUCCCUGGGUUGGGAUCUUUACCUCUCUACAAUCAUCUUGUUAGCAGUGACAGCUGUCUACACUAUCGCAGGUGGUUUAACUGCAGUAAUAUACACAGAUGCUCUGCAAACUGUGAUCAUGGUGAUCGGAGCUUUGAUUCUUAUGUUUAUAGGCUUUGAGAAGGUUGGAUGGUAUGAAGGAUUGCAAGAGAAAUAUAGCAAAGCAGUACCUAGUAUCAUUGUCCCAAAUACAACCUGUCAUUUGCCACGGGAAGAUGCUUUUCAUCUGAUGAGAGAUCCUGUCACAGGGGAUAUUCCCUGGCCUGGGCUUGUGUUUGGCCUUUCAGUGCUUGCUCUUUGGUGCUGGUGCACAGAUCAGGUAAUUGUGCAGAGGUCGCUCUCAGCCAAGAACCUUUCUCAUGCUAAAGGCGGAUCAGUGCUGGGUGGAUAUUUGAAAAUCUUCCCAAUGUUUUUCAUUGUUAUGCCAGGCAUGAUCAGCAGAGCUCUCUUCCCAGAUGAGGUGGGCUGUGUCCACCCAAAAAUCUGCAAGGACAUCUGUGGAGCUAAAGUGGGCUGUUCAAACAUUGCUUACCCUAAGCUGGUGAUGGAACUCAUGCCUGUAGGCCUCCGUGGUUUGAUGAUUGCUGUGAUGAUGGCUGCCUUGAUGAGUUCUCUCACCUCGAUAUUUAACAGCAGCAGCACACUUUUUGCCAUUGAUAUCUGGCAGCGACUCCGCAAGAAGGCCACUGAGCAGGAACUCAUGAUUGUUGGCAGGGUGUUUGUUCUAAUCCUUGUUGCCAUUAGCAUUCUCUGGAUCCCUAUCAUCCAGACAGCCAACAGUGGUCAGCUCUUUGACUACAUUCAGUCAAUAACCAGUUACCUAGCGCCACCCAUCACUGCACUCUUCAUCCUAGCAGUCUUCUGCAAGAGGAUCAAUGAGCCAGGUGCUUUUUGGGGUCUGGUGUUUGGUUUAGUUGUUGGUAUUGUUCGAAUGGUUAUGGAGUUUAUCUACAUGACACCUUCUUGUGGUGAGGAAGACCAAAGGCCAGCUGUGAUGAAAAAUGUCCAUUAUCUGUACUUUGCUAUCAUCCUGUGUGUGCUCACAGCAGUUGUUAUUGUCUGUGUUAGCCUCUGCACACCACCAAUCCCAGAGGAAAAUCUUGACCGAUUGACUUGGUGGACUAGGAACAGCAAAACACCUGAACAAGAUGUGGAGGACCACAUCUGCCAAAGUGCAGGAAUGACUUCCACUAAAAGAGAGAAUGGUUUGGAUACUGUGAAGACAGAGAAUGGAGAUUUAGUGUAUACAGACCAUAGUGAAGUGGAGCGUCCUGGCUGGAAGAAAGUGUAUUUUUGGUUCUGUGGGAUUUCUGACAGCACCAAGCCUACUUUAACUAUGGAGGAGAAAGCAGCCCUUGAAAAGAAGCUUACCAGCAUCAAGGAAGAACCUAUAUGGAAAGCUCUUUGUAAUGUGAAUGCUGUAAUUCUCUUAGCUAUCAAUAUUUUCUUAUGGGGUUACUUUGGGUAGGUCCAAGUCUCUGAGAAAACUCACAAGUAUUUAUUGGACUUGGGUUUAUUUAGAAUAAAGACAGACAUUGACUAAACAGAAGGGAUUUGUCUCAAGAAAACAAAUUCCAAAGCCUUGUUCAUACAUGGGUCUACAGAGUAGCUUUGUGUAGAUGAGAAACAACAUGAUCUACCUCAAAGGGCUGAUGUAAAAACCAAACCAAAUAAAAUAAAAUGAUUUGUAUAUCAAAAGUACUCCAUAAAUAUUUCUUGUUCAUCUGUAAAGUUCUCUCAAAUCUUAUUUUGCUAGAAAGGAAAAGGCUUUUCCUUUUAAAAAAGAAAAAGCAUCAGAAAGGCAAAGCUGAACCUAUUCUAAUGGAUUUGGUAUUGAGAUCUCUAAACUUAAAAGUUUUAAAAAGAAUGAAGAGUUAU